CUCUCUUCUUGCUGCAGGCUGCCCCAAGCCCAGGCUCAAUCCGGCUGGACGAGGAGACGGCAUUGCUCGCAUCGCCUGCCCUGCCCUGCCCCCCAUGCGUGUUGUGCGCAUGAACAGAGGCUAGGCUACCAACAACGCAUAGCAUAGCCAUGGAUCCCGAGUUCGGCGUCGGCACGGCGCCACAAAAGGGGCGGCGGGCGUGGCGGACGACGCUGCUGCUGGCGUACCAGAGCCUCGGGGUGGUGUACGGCGACCUCAGCAUCUCGCCGCUGUACGUGUACAAGAGCACCUUCGCCGAGGACAUCACGCACUCGGAGACCAACCAGGAGAUCUUCGGCGCGCUCUCCUUCGUCUUCUGGACGCUCACCCUCGUCCCGCUCCUCAAGUACGCCACCAUCGUCCUGCGCGCCGACGACAGCGGCGAGGGUCGCCGACGAGGAGCUCUCCACCUACAGGCUGGAGCGCCCGCGCGAGGCCGCCGGGAGGUCCGGCCUGCUCAGGGCGUGGCUGGAGAAGCACACGAGGCUGCACACCGCGCUGCUCGUCAUGGUCAUGAUCGGCACCUGCAUGGUCAUCGGCGACGGCGUCCUCACGCCAGCCAUCUCCGUGUUCUCCGCCGUCUCAGGGCUCGAGCUCUCCCUGUCCAAGGAUCAGCAUGAAUAUGCCGUCAUCCCGAUAACCUGCGCCAUACUGGUGUUCCUGUUCGCGCUGCAGCACUACGGCACCCACCGCGUGGGGUUCCUCUUCGCGCCCAUCAUCCUCGCCUGGCUGCUCUGCAUGAGCGCCAUCGGCCUGUACAACAUCGUCCGCUGGAACCCCCAGAUCUACCAGGCACUCAACCCCGUCUACAUGAUCAGGUUCCUCAGGAAGACCAAGAAGUCCGGCUGGAUGUCACUGGGAGGAAUUCUGCUGUGCAUGACAGGGUCAGAAGCAAUGUUCGCGGAUCUUGGACACUUCUCCUACAGCGCCAUCCAGCUUGCUUUCACUUCUCUAGUGUACCCUUCACUGAUCCUGGGUUACAUGGGCCAAGCUGCUUAUCUGUCCCAGCACCAUAACCUUGACGCAAGCUACCAGAUCGGGUUCUACAUUGCAGUUCCUGAGUGUGUACGGUGGCCUGUGCUGGUGCUGGCCAUCUUGGCGUCCGUGGUGGGCAGCCAGGCCAUCAUCAGCGGGACCUUCUCCAUCAUCAACCAGAGCCAGUCUCUGAGCUGCUUCCCUAGGGUGAAAGUCGUGCACACGUCUGACAAAGUUCAUGGCCAGAUAUACAUCCCUGAGGUCAACUGGAUCCUCAUGAUCCUCUGCGUUGCUGUCACUGUUGGUUUCCGUAACACCAAGCACAUGGGGAACGCGUCUGGCUUGGCCGUGAUCACGGUGAUGCUGGUGACCACGUGCCUCAUGCCCCUGGUGAUCAUGCUGUGCUGGGACCGCUCCCCCUGGCUGGCCCUCGCCUUCUUCCUCUUCUUCGGCUCCAUCGAGGCGCUCUACUUCUCGGCGUCGCUGAUCAAGUUCCUGGACGGCGCGUGGGUGCCCAUCCUCCUGGCCCUCAUCCUGCUCGCCGUCAUGUUCGUGUGGCACCACACCACCAUCAGGAAGUACGAGUACGACAUGCACAACAAGGUGACCCUGGAGUGGCUGCUGGCGCUGGGCGACAAGCUGGGCAUGGUGCGCGUCCCGGGCAUCGGCCUCGUCUACACCGACCUCACCUCCGGCGUGCCCGCCAACUUCUCCCGCUUCGUCACCAACCUGCCGGCGUUCCACCGGGUGCUGGUCUUCGUCUGCGUCAAGUCAGUGCCGGUGCCGCACGUGCUCCCCGCCGAGCGCUACCUCGUCGGCCGCGUCGGCCCGCCGGGACACCGCUCCUACCGCUGCAUCGUGCGCUACGGCUACCGCGACGUGCACCAGGACGUGGACUCCUUCGAGACGGAGCUCGUCGAGAGCCUCGCCACGUUCAUCAAGCUGGACGCGCUGUUCCGCUGCAGCGACGCCGCCGGCGACCAGCAGCGGGACAGCAGCUACUACGAGCGCGAGAACGCGCUCACGGUCAUCGGGAGCAACCCGCUGCGGCGCCACCUGGCCCUGGGCUACGACGACUCCCACUCCCACGACGACGGCGCGUCGUCAGCUGGCUCUGACCGCGUGGACGGCAUAGAGCUCGCCGCGGCGGCGCCGGCGCCGGCGGUCGUUAAGAAGCAGGUGAGGUUCGCGGUGGCUCCGCCCAGGAGCCCCGGUGUGGACGAGACCGUGCUGGAGGAGCUGCACGAGCUGUGCGAGGCGCGCGAGGCCGGCACGGCGUUCAUCCUGGGCCACUCGCACGUGAAGACCAAGCCCGGGUCGUCGAUACUCAAGAGGCUGGCCGUCGGCGUCGGCUACAACUUCCUGCGCCGGAACUGCCGCGGCCCGGACGUGGUGCUGCGCGUGCCGCCGGCGUCGCUGCUCGAGGUGGGAAUGGUGUACGUGCUGUAACCAGAACGUGGCGGUGAUGGGUGACUGCGAUCUCUGCGUCCGGUUUUCGCUGCGUGAACUACGGAUCUCUCUGCUGUCUGAUGUGCUAUUAGAGCAUCUCCAACAACGUGACCUAUAAAAAUGUCUUAUAAUUUAAAAAUAAGUAAAUUUUAUAGAAUUUAGGGCACCAACAAAGCACCCCGCUCCAACAGUAAAGCCCCAAAUCUAGAUUAUAGGGCAGCCCACUACGGUGUAGUAUAUUUGAGGCACUUGAGAGAGUGGCCUAUAGUUUUUUGACAAAAUUUGUUGAAUUGAGGCACUGUUGGAGUGGUUUUUCCUGUGUAGAGCCCUAUAUUUCAAUUUGAGGCACUAGUUUGAGGCAUUGUUGGAGAUGCUCUUAUGCACAUCUCGAUUUGCCCAUGUAUAAAUUGUAACGAGAUGCGAUGGUAACAGAGGAUGCCCUGUCAUUUCCC